AUGAAAGGAGUUUUGGACAACGGACAUGCGGAAAGGGCCCCACCACUCAACAAGGAUGAAGAAUACUGGAACCUACCGUUAUUCAGUGUUUAUCAUCCCAAGAAAAGGGAUAAAAUACGAGGCGUAUUUGAUUCCUCUGCCACCUUUCAGGGGGUGUCAUUGAACAAGGUACUGCUCAAAGGCCCUGAUUUGACAAAUGGACUGGUAGGGGUACUAAUGCGUUUCAGAAGGGAAGGUGUCGCUGUUUGUGGGGACAUAGAGAGUAUGUUUUAUUGUUUUGGAGUGGCCGAGGAGCACAGAAACUUUUUAAGAUUUUUCUGGCAUGAAGAAAAUGACAUUAACAAACCGUUAGUAGAGAAUAGGAUGUGUAAGCAUGUAUUUGGAAACAAACCCUCUCCAGCAGUUGCUAACUAUGGCCUACGAGACAUCAUCAAAAAUGCUGAUCCUGAUGUGGUAGAAUUUGUCAAUAAAAAUUUCUAUGUAGAUGAUGGGUUAACAUCUUGCGAGGAUCAUGAAACUUCAAUAUCAUUGGUGAAAAGAACGCAGGCUGCUUUAAUGGAUGGUGGCAAAAUACGCCUACAUAAAAUUGCUUCUAACAGCCAAGAGGUACUAUACGCAUUUGAUCGAGAAGAAAUUGCAAAGGACAUCAGAGAUUUCAAUGUGGAAGUAGGUGGUGCUCCUCUCCAAAGAAGUCUAGGCCUACAGUGGAGAUUAUGUGAAGAUGUCUUCACCUUCCAUAUUGACUGUGAAGAAAAACCAUUUACAAAGCGUGGUAUUCUAGCAACCAUUAAUAGUAUAUACGACCCCUUAGGAUUUGUUUCUCCAGUUUUGGUGCAUGGAAGAGUCCUGUUCCGUAACAUGAUGCUACUCAAAGCAGAUUGGGACGAUCCACUGCCUGCACACAUUAAAUAUGAUUGGGAGUCAUGGAAAGCAAAUAUACGGAAGUUGGAGUUAUUGCAUGUACCAAGAACUUACCACAAAAUUAAAAGAAGAGAAGUAGUGCAUUCAACUGUACAUGUGUAUUGUGACGCCUCUGAGCAGGCUGUUGCAGCGGUGGCGUUCUUAAAUACAAACAGUGUAAAGGGGACCGAAGUUGGAUUUAUAAUAGGAAAAUCACGCAUAGCUCCUAGACAAGGUCAUACCAUUCCCCGUCUCGAACUCUGUUCCGCUGUGCUUGCCACUGAAUUAGCCAAAGUAGUCACCACAGAGCUAGACUUUUCCCCCAAAAGUAUCAGUUUCUAUUCAGACAGUAGGAUAGUUCUGGGUUACCUUAACAACAACACAAGAAGAUUUCAUACUUAUGUAGCCAACAGAGUUGAAAAGAUAUUGUCAUUCUGCGAACCACACCAAUGGCACUACAUAUCGACAGGUCAGAAUCCUGCAGAUCACGGUACUAGAUAUAUUGAUCCUGUGAAAAUGCACUUGGCUUACUGGUCCCCAGCAUUUGCAUCUAAUUAA